GUAAAAGAGUAAGAUAGACACGACUCUUGGCCACACUAAAAAGUCAAUCAACAACCCUAGAGCAAAGUCAGUACACAGAAAAUUGACAAUUUUGCUGAAAAAAUCGUGGAAUUUAACGCACAAAACGCGAUUAAAAGUGGCCGGAGCGAGAGGCGCGAUCUGCAGGCGUCGCGAAGACAAUAAGGCACUUGGAUAGCGUUCGGGUUGGACAGGGAUAACAAGAGGACACCGCUCCGCCCAAAAAGUACCGACUACUGCCAACCAGCCAGCAAAGGCAGCACCCGCACAACCCCCCGCACCGUUGCUACCGCACAAUCACCAAUCUCACACACAAAGCACUCUACUCUAUCACUAAAAACUAGGCAAACACCAUGCAGGCGAUCAAGUGCGUCGUUGUGGGUGACGGAGCCGUGGGAAAGACGUGCCUGCUGAUCAGCUACACGACCAAUGCCUUUCCGGGAGAGUAUAUACCCACCGUCUUCGACAAUUACUCUGCCAACGUGAUGGUCGACGCUAAGCCCAUCAACCUGGGCCUCUGGGAUACAGCCGGACAGGAGGAUUACGAUCGUCUGCGUCCGCUAUCGUAUCCCCAAACGGAUGUCUUCCUUAUCUGCUUCUCGCUGGUCAACCCGGCAUCGUUUGAGAACGUACGCGCCAAAUGGUAUCCGGAGGUGCGUCACCACUGCCCCAGCACACCGAUCAUCCUGGUUGGCACCAAAUUGGAUUUGCGCGACGACAAGAACACGAUCGAAAAGCUGCGAGACAAGAAGCUGGCACCCAUCACCUAUCCCCAGGGCUUGGCCAUGGCCAAGGAGAUUGGGGCGGUGAAGUAUUUGGAGUGCUCGGCGCUGACGCAGAAGGGCCUAAAGACGGUGUUUGACGAGGCCAUUCGGUCCGUUUUGUGCCCCGUUCUACAGCCCAAGUCCAAGCGCAAGUGCGUCCUGCUCUAAAAGAGAUAAUAAAGCAGAUCCUCCCGCUGGAUUCUAUUUAAACGUAAUAUUAUUAACGAUAAACAAUUAUGUAACCUAAGCGUUUGGCCAGAAUGUGAUCAGAUCCGAGUUAAUCCGAUCCUAUCUGGCUGAUUCGUAGUUUCUUUGUUACAUUUUGCCACUAAUUUCCGGUUGGAUUUUUACCAUCCAUCCAUUUGAAAAACUCUUGCUUUACUUUGCCUUUCGUUUCCGAGUUCGUUUCAUGUGUGUUUCUAUAUAAUUCAUAAUCCGAUUUUGUUUCCAUGUGCAUUAAUUUGAACUAAAAGUUGUCGCGCGAUGUCCGCGUUCUAGGUAAAAAUGGAAAGCCCAAUGGGAGAUCUAUAACUGUAAACUCUAACUGUAUUUUGUAUUAUUUAAUAACAUUUUGUAAUUAAAAUUAAUGUUGUAAAACUGAGGUAAAACCAAAAAAACAAAAAAAAAAUCAUAAAAAAAAAUCCAAUACAAAAGAAAAACAUAAAAAAAUAUAGAAGGAAAGUUGAGAGAGAAAGAUGAUGAAGAAUAGCCGCAUAAAGAGCAUAAAGCAUAGAUGUCGCCUGUUGAUUUGUAGAUCCUCUGGCGGGGAUCAGGAUAUUGAGUCAGUAAAGUAAACGUUCCAUUGCAAUUACACUUACAUUAUUACAUAAUUGUAUUUAGAUGUUGUUUGGAUGUAGGAGCUUGAUCGAGCGGAUAUCGUAAAGACGGCGAGCAGGUAUGACUUUUUAAACUUUUGCUAGAUCCAGGAACUAUCAAUAUAUAUAUAUAUAUACACGUAUGUAUAAGAUGAAAAGUCCUUCGUAUACUAUGUACUGAAAUUAAAGGCAUCAAACUGAGCAACUUUGAAUACUUUGUAUUUUAAAACUUUGUAUUCGAAAUGAGAAAACCAACAGCAACAAAAAUAAGAACGAAACCAAGAUAAUUAUAUAAAUGUGUCUAUUUCAAUGGAAAUUAAUAAAGCAUACUGAAAAAAUUAA